AUGGCACCCUGCAGUGAGCUUACCAAAAAGGGGCUCCCAUGCCCGCUCCAAGCGCUUGCAGGCAAGAGCUUGUGCCACAUCCACCACAAGUCUGCAGAGCUUGAGGAGACCCGCAGGAAGGAGGAGGCAGAACGAGCGGCUCGUGGCGUAAAGCUCUGCAUCGGAGGCGGUGAGCAAAAGUGCUCUGACAAGGCGGAGCUCCCCCUGGACUUUGAUAAGUCUACAUGCGAUGCAUGCAUCAAGAAGAUCAGGGAGCGCUCCCUGGCCAACAAGGCAGAGCGGGACGCAGCCACCGCAGAGAGGAACAAGGCCAAGGCCAAGAAGGGCGUCAAGGAGUGCAUCGCUUGCCACCAGGAGCGGCCUGAUGCUGACUUUGUGGCUGAGCGACGUGCAAAAGGAGGCGGAGAGCCAGUCUCCGACCGGUGCAAGUCGUGCCGGGAGCGGGCCAAGGAGGUGAAGGCGGUUGCGGUUGCAGGAUCGCAGAAGCGCGAGCAGGAGCAGGCUCGCCGCCGGGAGGAGGCCAAGAAGGCUGAGGCGGCCGGGAAGCGGACCUGCAGCCGGCAUGGCAGCGUGACCCGCGGUUGCUGGGUGGUGCUCCCUGACGGCUACGAAGGCACCACCUGCCAACCCUGCAUCAAGCUGCGCGAGGAGUACAGGGCGUACAAGCAGGCGCAGCGUGAGCGGGAGAGGGAGCCAGAGAAACCUGAGGAUGAGAGUGCGGGAGAGGAGGAGACGGUGCACAACUCCGAGGAGGCUGAGGACGGGGAGAUCGUGGACGAGGAAGAGGCCGCACCGGCCGCAAGAAAGCCCGGCACGUGCCUGGCUAUCGUGCGGUCGUCCGGAAAACCCUGCCUCAACAAGGCUGCUGACAACUCCCAGUACUGCAAGAAGCACGAGCUGGACGGGGAGCUGGCUGCCAUCACCGAACGCGGUGGGCGGGUGUGUGCGAACGUGUACCGUGGCAAGGAUCGCUGCCAGAAGGAGCUGCCCCCCGACUGCAAGUUCAGGACGUGCGAGCCCUGCCGGAACGCGGCAAAGGAGUCGGACGACAAGCUCAUUGCUGCAAAGAGGGAGAAGGCUGCUGCGGAGAUCGCCGCUCUGCGGGAGCUGGGAGUUACCAAGAAGAUGUGCAUGAACCCAAAGUGCUGCGGCAUCAAGGACCCCUCCGACUUCGCCUUUGAGGAGACCAGCAAGCGGGCGGGGUGGUGCAGCGAGUGCCGCAAGAAGCGCCAGACUUACGUGGCCAAACUUCCCGGGGGAAAGAGGACGAGGACGGAGGCGGACAUGGAGCGCGCGCGAGUACGAGAAGACCCCGGCCAGGAAGGCGUCCAAGCUGGCCCGCAAGGAGGCGAACCCGGAGAGGGGGCAGCCGAUCAGGCGCGUCACAGGAACCGCGUGCGCGUCAUCAGCUUUGAAGGAGAAGAAGAGCCGGAGAGCAAGACCGCAGAGGAGCUGAUCAAGGAGAUGGACUCGUGCUGCUUCUUCUGCGGGGAUGAGCACUCGGACCAGAAGCCACUUGGAGUGCACCGGCUGGAUCUGUCGCUGGGGUGGACGGCAGACAACUGCGUGCCGACCUGCACCAACUGCUGGGAGAUGAAGAAGAAAGUGGACGCGCGGACUUUCGUUGAGAGAUGCGUCUACAUCCAGGAGGUCAAGGAGGGAGGGGUCCGAUCUGACUUCCCGUCUGAACUGUUCGGAAACCACCACCGGGCAGGACAGUUUGCAGUGUACAAACUGGUUGCAAAAGAGCCCGGACGUCCCUUCGAGCUCUCUGCUGACCAAUUCAAAGACAUCGUCCGACAGCCGUGCUACAUCUGCGGGAAGAAGAACAUUGAGGGUGUGCAUACCAAUGGGGUUGACAGGGUCGACAACAAGCAGGGUUACUCUCCUCUCAACACCAGGGCAGCUUGCGGAGACUGCAACUACAUGAAAUCUCACCUGCAGCUCGAGGUGUUCUACAAACAAGUCAGCAAGAUAGCGAGCAGGGCGCAAAUUACGCUCGCAUAUAUCCCGGAGAACACAGUUCGGAGCACCUUUGUUUGCGGCUGA